GAGCCCCGGGGGUCCCGGAGGUUGAAUGUGUAAGAUCUUCUAUUAGCUGGCAGACGUGAUGUUUUACUUGUUGUUAUCAGUUGGCCGAAGACAAAGAACCAGUCGAGGAUGGUGGAAAUGGUUUUCAGCAAGAAGCAGUUCCACAGCUGCCGACACACAUUCCCUAGCCCUCCCUGCGCAGGCUCAGGUGGUCAUCUGUGGUGGUGGAAUCGUGGGCACAUCCGUGGCUUAUCACCUCUCCAAGAUGGGGUGGAAGGAUAUUGUUCUCUUGGAACAGGGCAGGUUGGCUGCUGGCUCUACGAGGUUCUGUGCUGGCAUCCUAAGUACUGCAAGGCACACGAGCAUUGAACAGAAGAUGGCAGACUAUUCAAACAGACUCUACCAGCAGUUAGAGCAAGAAACAGGGAUCCAAACAGGUUAUGUAAAGACAGGUUCCAUCUUUCUGGCUCAAACUCAAGAUCGACUGAUUUCCCUGAAGCGCAUCAAUUCAAGGCUGAAUGUUAUAGGCAUCCCUUCUGAGAUCAUCUCCCCCAAGAAAGUGGCUGAACUUCACCCUCUCCUCAAUGUGCACGACCUGGUGGGGGCUAUGCAUGUUCCUGAGGAUGCAGUGGUAUCCUCCGCCGAUGUGGCUCUUGCCCUGGCCAGUGCUGCCUCCCAAAAUGGGGUUCAGAUCUUUGACCGGACAAGUGUCCUUCAUGUAUUGGUCAAAAAAGGUCAAGUUACUGGUGUGGAAACAGACAAAGGACAGAUUGAAUGCCAAUAUUUUGUCAACUGUGCUGGUCAGUGGGCAUACGAGCUGGGUCUGUCCAACGAGGAGCCGGUUAGUAUCCCGUUACAUGCCUGCGAACACUUCUACCUUCUGACUCGCCCCUGGGAGACCCCUCUGCAGAGCAACACACCAACCGUUGUGGAUGCUGAUGGGAGAAUUUAUAUUCGGAACUGGCAGGGUGGCAUCUUGUCUGGAGGCUUUGAGAAGAAUCCAAAACCAAUUUUUACCGAGGGAAAGAACCAGCUGGAGAUUCAGAAUCUGCAGGAAGACUGGGAUCACUUUGAGCCCCUUCUGAGUUCCCUCCUACGUCGUAUGCCAGAACUGGAAACUCUGGAGAUCAUGAAACUGGUGAACUGUCCUGAGACUUUCACCCCAGACAUGAGGUGCAUCAUGGGCGAGUCUCCUUCAGUGCAGGGCUACUAUGUCCUGGCUGGGAUGAACUCUGCUGGCCUCUCGUUUGCUGGAGGAGCUGGAAAGUACCUCGCUGAAUGGAUGGUGUACGGUUAUCCCUCCGAAAAUGUUUGGGAGUUAGACUUGAAGCGCUUUGGAGCCCUCCAGAGCAGCCGCACAUUUCUGCGUCAUCGGGUCAUGGAGGUCAUGCCUCUGCUAUAUGACUUGAAGGUUCCCCGUUGGGACUUCCAAACUGGGAGGCAGUUACGCACGUCUCCUCUCUAUGACCGGCUGGAUGCACAAGGAGCCAGGUGGAUGGAAAAGCAUGGAUUUGAGAGGCCAAAGUUCUUUGUGCCACCAGACAAGGAUCUGCUCUCAUUGGAGCAGAGCAAGACUUUCUAUAAACCAGACUGGUUUGACAUUGUGGAGUCUGAAGUCAAAUGCUGUAAGGAAGCUGUGUGUGUUAUUGACAUGUCCUCUUUCACUAAAUUUGAAAUCACAUCAACUGAGGAUCAGGCCUUAGAGUUUCUGCAGUACCUCUUCUCCAAUGAUAUCGAUGUGCCUGUGGGCCACAUAGUCCAUACUGGCAUGCUCAAUGAGGGCGGAGGAUAUGAGAAUGACUGCAGCAUAGCCCGGCUCAACAAGCGAAGUUUCUUCAUGAUUUCUCCAACUGACCAGCAGGUCCACUGUUGGGCAUGGCUUAAGAAACACAUGCCAAAUGAUAGUAACCUGCUUCUGGAGGAUGUCACAUGGAAAUAUACAGCCCUCAAUCUGAUUGGUCCUCGAGCUGUGGAUGUGCUGUCCGAGUUGUCCUAUGCCCCUAUGACUCCAGACCACUUCCCGAGUCUGUUUUGCAAGGAGAUGAGUGUGGGCUAUGCAAAUGGAAUCCGGGUGAUGAGCAUGACGCACACAGGGGAGCCAGGAUUCAUGCUUUACAUCCCUAUCGAGUAUGCACUGCAUGUGUACAACGAAGUGAUGAGUGUUGGGCAGAAAUAUGGAAUCCGGAAUGCUGGGUAUUAUGCCCUACGUAGUCUCCGAAUUGAGAAAUUUUUUGCCUUUUGGGGUCAGGAUUUAAAUACGCUCACCACACCCCUGGAAUGUGGACGAGAAUCUCGGGUGAAACUGGAAAAGGGGAUGGAGUUCAUUGGCCGAGAUGCCUUGCUUCAGCAGAAGCAGAAUGGAGUGUACAAACGCUUAGUCAUGUUCAUCUUGGAUGACCACGACACAGACCUGGACCUCUGGCCUUGGUGGGGAGAGCCCAUUUACCGAAACGGUCAAUAUGUUGGCAAGAUCACUAGUAGUGCCUAUGGCUACACGCUGGAGCGCCAUGUUUGUUUGGGCUUUGUUCACAAUUUUUCUGAGGACACCGGAGAAGAACAGGUGGUAACACCAGAUUUUAUCAACCGUGGCGAGUAUGAGAUUGAAAUCGCAGGAAACCGGUUCCAGGCCAAAGCGAAGCUCUAUCCCGUCACCUCUCUCUUCACUCAUAAACGUCGAAAGGAUGAUGAGGAGCUCAGUGAUUUGCAUGGGAAAUAAUGACUGACAUUCUCACCCCAUCUUCUCACAUUGUAGGAACUUCUUCUGAUGGCUUCCCAUGUCCCGCUUCUUUCACCCUUUGCUGUGUCUCAUGUUCUCUCAUCUGGUCCCUUUGGCCGCUCCCCAAGUACUUAGACUUACUCUGGGCUUUUUCUCUUCCCUCUGUCCCUUCGACCCCCACAGUGACAGAAGUCCACUUGAGGAAGUGGGCUACCUUGACAGCUGGAGUCAAAUGCUGUGUCUGAGUAACUUGCUAAUUUUAGUAGGUUGCUAGAUGUUUGGCAUGGUCCUGAGGGUCAGCUUGUGCCUUUUAGCCUGUUCUGGUAUGCUGUGGGCACCUGGAUCCCUCUAGCAAGAGGAUGACCAUCUACCUCAUCAAAGAGAGGCAUCACAUAGACAAUCUGGUCUAUAACAGAGACAAGCAGUUACCAAGCAGCCAUCCUAGCCUUCCUUGCCCAGUAAGUUAUCAAACAUCUGGGUCAGGACCAUUGCAUAGAAUUUUCUUC